CUCCACCCUCGGGUCCCGACCCCGGCGGCUCCUCGUACGCCGGCCACACCAGGGACGAGUCUCAGCCACCUGCUCCGGAGCCAGGGAACCGGGGCGCCGUCCGCCCGCGCUUCGGUGCGAGCGCCGGGCCCCAUGGAGCCGCCGGCCGGCAACGCCAGCUGCGAGAACGGUUCCCUGAUCCGCCUGUACUGCUCCUCCCAGCAAGUUCUGUGUCAGAUCAUCGCUGACCUUGGCCCUGAGAUGCCCAGCAAUGUCACCUCUCACAGCUGGCAGGAGAGGUUCAGGCAGAGCUACAGCUUCUACGUCGGCCUGGGGCUGGCCUUCCUGUCCAGCUUCCUCAUCGGCAGCAGCGUCAUCCUCAAGAAGAAAGGCCUCCAGCGACUGGUGGCCUCGGGGGCCACGAGGGCAGUGGACGGAGGCUACGGCUACCUGAAGGACGCGAUGUGGUGGGCUGGAUUUCUCACCAUGGCUGCUGGAGAAGUCGCCAACUUCGGGGCCUACGCAUUUGCUCCUGCGACAGUCGUCACACCUCUGGGAGCGCUGAGUAUCCUCAUAAGUGCCAUCCUUUCCUCCCAUUUCCUGGGAGAGAGUCUGAACCUGCUGGGAAAGCUGGGCUGUGUGAUCUGUGUGGCCGGCAGCACCGUGAUGGUGAUACACGCCCCCGAGGAAGGGAAGAUCACCACCGUCAUGGAGAUGGCUGCCAAGAUGAAAGACACAGGGUACAUCGUGUUUGCCGUGCUUCUGCUGGUGUUCUGCCUCAUCCUCAUCUUCGUCAUCGCCCCACGCUACGGACAGAGGAACAUCCUCAUUUACAUCAUCAUCUGCUCUGUGAUCGGAGCCUUCUCUGUGUCCGCCGUCAAGGGCCUGGGCAUCACCAUUAAAAACUUCUUCCAGGGGAUGCCCGUUGUGCGGCACCCUCUCCCCUACAUCCUGUCCCUCAUCCUGGCACUUUCGCUCAGCACUCAGGUUAAUUUCCUCAACAGGGCGCUGGACAUUUUUAACACCUCCCUGGUGUUCCCCAUCUACUACGUGUUCUUCACCACAAUGGUGGUUGCCUCCUCCGUUGUCCUCUUCAAGGAGUGGUACAGUAUGUCUGCCGUGGACAUUGUGGGCACCCUCUCUGGCUUUGUCACCAUCAUCCUGGGUGUGUUCAUGCUUCAUGCUUUCAAAGACCUGGACAUCAGCCAGACCAGCCUGCCACACAUGCACAAAAAUCCCACCCCACCCCCAGCCCCAGAGCCCAGCGUCACUAGACGCGAAGACAAGAAUGUCCUCGUGGACAGUAUAGAACUCUGCAGCACCCCAUCACCAGAAGAGAAGCCCAGAGUAUUUACAAUCCAUUCGUAAAGCUUGGAAUACAUAAGUGAGCGGAGGAGCCCUAUGGUACUGUCAAUUCAGAGCUACCUGGUUAUUCUCAGCACAGCUCUUACCAGUGGGCUCUCUUUUCUUGAGACAUUCAUUUAUACCUCAUCACUGUUUCUAGGAGAAAAAUCCCUACCCAGUGAACGGUGGUGGCAAAACUUCCUGGAAACACAGCCUCAGUGACCAAAUGCCCGACUUGACGUUGGUGCCAGCAGGUCCCCUGGGCCACCUUCACACUUGUUUCCUUGGUGCCAUCUCUAUGUCGUUGGGAAGAAGACAGAAUUUGACCUGUUGAAUGUAGCAGCACAAGCCAAGAACCUCCCUGAAAUGUUGGUCAUCAGGAAACCCUUAGCACUAGUUCUCCUCCUGAGACUGACUCACAGUUCCUGAGCCCAAGGAUGGUGUGCAGCUGGCACCCAGAGACCAUGCCUCCCGCCCAGAACUAAAAGACACCACUACUGUCAAACGUCUGGAUGCUUUGGCCACCUCAUCUUCAGAGACAGAGCAAGACCUCAGCUGACCUCCUCACUGUGAAAGCGACCUGACGUCUCAGGGAAACACUUCCACCAGCCCCGUCCCCGAGCGCGCCAGCCUGCAGGUCAGCAUCUGUUUCCACCCGCUCCGCCCCAUCCCUGCUCCUCCCCUCUCUACAUACAUCCUAAGGGGUCCGUCACUGAGAUAUCCAGGCAGUUAUCUUAGAACUCAAAACAAUAACCACAUCAGGUGCUUCACAGCCCAGCUCUGCUGGCCAUGCCCAGGAUUUUGUGCCACCUCACUCUCAAACAGGAACAGCAAUUGCGUCGCUCUUCAAGGUAGCCUGGCUGUGGAGCACAGCGCACUUUCCUUUUCCUCGAGGAGUAAACCAAAACAUGAUUUGGGGAGAUGGGGAGAAGAGGGAGGAGCAAAGUCAGGGUUGGGCAGAAAGCAGCUGCAGGCUCUCUGGAAACCAGGGGCUAACUUUUGUGUUUCUCUGGUGCCCAGCCGGGAACCCAGGCGGAAAGAGCUCUGGGUAACCCCUGGGCUGCAGCCCCAAAGCCUCGGCCAGGAGGGUCAGCUUUGAACAUUGGUGACCAGGUAGGGGUGUAAGCUGGACACGGGGUGCAUUCUGGCUGUUGACCAGAUUGCAACCAAGUCCCCGACUCCACUGAUGAGCCGCCCGCACUGGGAAGCCGUGUGUCACGACUGCUCCAACACCACCUGCUUUGGGAACUGCAUUUAGUCCCCUCACAUUUGGCCAGGAACAGUCAAAGAAACAAGAGCAGCUGGAGAGAGAAUUAGUAUCCCGUCCCUUCCUGUCCUCUUUCCAGCGGUGAAGACGUGAGUUGGUGCAAGGACCAAUGGCAGGGACGUAAGGGAACCAAUCUAUCUAUAAAGACGACCUGACCCUCCGCCCCCGAGUUGGUGCAGAGCCUCCCGUGUGUAACUCCACACCUUCGCCCUGGGUUUACAUCCCAUGCCCGAAACUUAGCCAAGCCUGGGCCAAACUCUUGUUCGCCUUGGAGCUCCAAUGUGCUGGUCCAGCUCACCAACAGACUGGCUUCCUGCACCUCCAGCCUCAAAGCCCCAGUUUUUAAUGAAUGUGGAUUUCUCUCUGUAACCAAAAUCAAUGCAACACAUUGGAUCUUGAGAAUGGCCAUAAUCUGAGGGCCCUCAGCGUGUGGUCUGCAGGGUCAGGAAUAAAGACCUCUGAGUGUGUUUCCCUGAUACUUGCAACUUGACCUUCCUUGGACACAGAACAAUUAAACUGGUUCCUCGGUGGGGGGCAGUCCUCGAUCUCUGGAGACCUCUGGCUGCCAAGAAAGUCCCUCUAGUGCCUUCCACAGCCACGCCCCUGCUAGAGAGAGGAAGGCUGUUUCGGGAAUAGAGUCAAAGACACCCAGCCCUUGUUCAUGCCUGAGCCCUCGCGAGAAGCCAAGCACAGUGCUAAGAGCGUCAUGUGACUCCUUAAAGCCCUCACAAAUCCUCAAGGUAGAUCUAUAUCAUUCAUGCCUUAAGUGACCCCUAGACCUAGUUACACUAGACCAACCUGUGUCCCGGUGCAAAGACAGACAACGCCCUCAACCUGUCAUGGGAAACCCCAGGGCUGUCCUUUGGCUCCAGCUCUUCCAUGGUGGCCUGACAGGCUGGCCUGACGGUCUUUGUGGGAACUCAUCUCGGGAGUCCUCACUGAUGGAUCCUAUCCAGGCCGACCAGCGCAACAUUGAAAAAAAGGAAAAAAGAGUUACCGAACCAGACAUUUCAAAUGACAAUUUAUUUUAAUUAAAUACAAACAAGGAAAAAAGGCA